GUAACUCCAUGCGCCUUGUUGUCGUGUCGGACAUCUUUCUUUAGUUAGCUCAAAUCAAAGUUUGUUCCAAACAUUUGUUCUUGUAUUUUUGGAGGUUAAGAUUUUGUGUAUACGAUACGGAACCUUACUGUAGCCUAGCGAUGUUUCUAAAAAUUAUUUGAAUCGUUUGGCACUUUUCUCGCCGUUCUGAAGGUUCAGUGCCGUAUGAAAACAUGGGUGCUCGAAGGGGUGCCGUCUGUCCAAUUUGCGACAAAAGCUUUGCUCAAGCCUACAGUUUAACCAUUCACAUGAGGAUCCACAAUGGGGAGAAGCCGUUUCCGUGUUCAGUGUGUGGACGAUGUUUCACUCAGGCUCACUCACGCACCAAACAUGAGCGCACCCACACAGGUGAGAGGCUGCAUGGCUGUCCUGUGUGUGGAAAGCGCUUUGGGGAGCCUUUCAUGUUAAAGCGCCACAUGCGUGUGCAUACAGGUGACAAGCCGUUCCGUUGUCUGGAGUGCGGAAGAUCUUUUUCGGACAAGUUUGGAUUGAAGCGGCACUUAAAAACCCAUGUGAGUGUGAAGCCUCAUGUCUGCCCUGACUGUGGGGAGAGCUUCUCCAACUCAUGGCUCUUGGCAACCCAUCAACUCCAACAUAUGGGAAUCUCAGCACCUGGCUCCAGUCAGGGUGAAUUCCCACCUAUACCUGGUGUCUUGAAACGGAAACCUGGAGACGCAGGUCCUGUUGCACCGGCGGCUGCUGCUGUGUUGCAACAAGCUCAUGAACAACAGCAGCAGCAGCAUAUUGACGCUCAAGUGUCUGGGGUCCAGGUUGUGCAUAUACAACCGGUCUCAAACGAAUCUCCACAGGUGCACAAUCAACAGGCCCAACCAACAACAGCACCACGACAAUCCAAUGGGAAUGCUCAUAAUGGCAAAAAGAAGACACACAUAUGUCUGGUGUGUGGGAAAGGUUACUCUGAUGCCUGGGGUCUGUCCAAACAUAGUUGGGUUCACUCUGGUGUCAAACCAUACAGCUGCUCAGAGUGCGGGAAAGGCUUUGGUGACAAAUGGAGUUUGACUAAGCAUAUGAGGGUGCACUCAGGAGAGCGGCCAUACGAAUGCUUUUUAUGUGGACAAUGUUUUUCUGACAAAUCAUCCCUCCAAAGUCAUUUGCAAGUACAUACUGGUGAGAAGCCUUACAUAUGUGAUGUAUGUGGAAAAUGUUUUGCUGCUGCACGUGCUCUGGAAGAUCACCGAGCUGGUCAUGGUGACAGGGACCAACAUGCCUGUCCUGUGUGCACACGGGUGUUCAUGACCAAAAGAGGAGUUACUGACCAUUGGAAGAAACACUGCGGGAAAGACAACCCUAGUGCAAUUGAAAAUUUUACUACGACUGUAGAAAAUACUGUUCCUACUACUUUGUGCACUGUUGAAUUGAAACCUGAUCAAGAGCUGACCACUGUGGCACUGGUGACUACACCAGAGUACCAAACUGUGCAAGUAACUCCCGUGCAAGUUGUUCAAGCACAACAACAAACUCAGCAAACCCAGGUACAAUCCCAGCCGCAAGGUCCAGUGCAGGUCCAAAUUCAACUUCAGGCUGGCAAAGACUUGUGGCCUGCAACUGCCACAUGGGAAUCUGCCAGUAUUUUGGAAGUGCCUUCAUCUGGAAGCCCUGGGAAGCUAGAGGCCAAAAUUACUCCCCUUUUUUUCUGUGAAAUUUGUCAUAAAACCUUCCGGCAGCUCUCUCAAUUUGAAAAACACAAGGCUGUUCACACAUCUGGUUCGAAAGGAAAAGAGCAGCCUGAAGCACUGCAGGUUUCAAGAACAGAAGAACGGGAACAAGCUGGACAAGAUCAGCCACACCGCUGCGAUAGUUGUGAAAAAACAUUUGCUUCUGUUAACUGCUUCAAAACUCAUGUUGAAUCUGAGGGUUGCCCUAAAAACUGUGCGCUCUGUGGUAAAACUUAUCGUACCAUAAACCCUGAUGGUGCCCGUGUUAGUUCCCCAUACUGUGAGACUUGUACAGUUUCACAACAUUUUGAUGAUCAUGGUGACUUGACAGCAGCAAAGCGCACUCAAAAUCCCUCUUGGUCUUUUGAUGCCACCCAAAUGACAUUCCAGAAGCAUAUAUCUGUGCAUGGUGAUGGUACAAAGCCGUGCAGUUGUGGCCACUGUGAUGGCAUGUUCUCAAGCCACACUACUGUUCCUACUCAUGUCCUGUCUGUGCCAACAGCUGGUGUAUGACAAUAUGUCAAUUCCUACUUGCCCAGAAAACAAUUGCCACCACAUCCUUCUCAGCGUCAGUCAUUAUGACACUAGUUGUGAAUUUUCCGAGUGCCUUGUGCAGUAAAUAAUAUGACAUUGUCAUAUGUGCUGAAGCAUGCCAAGCAUGCCUAAUAUUUCAAAAUAAACCUGUCAGGAUUUGUUUUUCCUGUGCAAUGUAGCUUAAGUUAGCCAUACAGGUGAAAAUUAACCCAGUUUUCAACCUCAUGAAGAAAGCAGCGCUGUGGUUAUUCUUUAGUUGUAUGAUUACAGUUUUUGUAGAAUUAAUCAUGGUUUUACUUAUGUGCUGUUUUUUCCUUUGGACUGUUUAACAAACUGCCGGUGGAGUAUGUGAAGGAAGUGUGACUGAGCUUGCUUUUCUUGUUUAUUGUUAAUAAAAAAUAAUGCAACUGGCUAUGUAUAAAUAUGAUCUUUGCCAUUCUUUGUUUUGUACAGAUGACGACGAUAAUCUGUAUACAUUACAAAACCUGUAAAUCUAGUCUCAAGGUCCUGAUAGUCGACACCACUGAGUGCACAUUUAAAAUUAAAUUUUAAAAAAUCCACUUGCCUUUACAUACAUCCUUGGUUUUGUAUAGUUUUUUCUUUUCUUUUUAAGAGAGAGUAACCAAGUGAACAUUAAAGUGAAGGGGACUCAUGUUUGUUUUGAAUGAGUUUAUCUAUCUGUUACAGUGUGCAAUUUUUAUUAAAAGUAUACCUUCGUUUUCUAUAUUUAGUCGAAAUUAUACUUCCCUGUCUUGGCCAGUUGGGUCAGUACCAGAGCUCCUGAUGCAUUCACAUUUUGAAAUUGAGUCACAUGUAUCUGAUUCCUUACUCCAUAUUUAUAUAUGUAAUUUCGAAUAGAAAUAAAUUGUAAGGUUAGGCAGAGCAAUUUUGCUGACAUAGUUAACUUGUCUCAACAUAGUCCCAUAUAACAAUAGUAUUGUAUUUUACCCAGUUCAUUGUUUACCACAGAGAGGCAGUUGCAUUAAUUUGUAUGAAUUACAAGUGGAACAGUCUCUCUUGUUUCCAAUCCAAAGUAGAGACUCUAAUUCCUAUGCCACAAGCACUAUGCCACAUUUAUAUCAUUAAAACAAAUCCACCAGGGACCAACUUUAAAAAAAUUGAAUAGAUGGGUUUGUAAACUGGAUUUUCAUUCUGCUUCAUGCAAUGCAUUGUAAUGUCCUUUAACAAGGACCAGGAGCUAAAAGUUCUGGGAUGUAACUGUUACCAUUCAGUAUAAGGAUUGUAUUUAAUUCCAAAUUGAUAAAGAAUAAGUUGCUUGUAGUGUUUUUAUCAUGUGAUGCUUACUAUAGGUUUCCUAUUUGUAUUGUAUUGUAUUGUUCUUUUACAAACAUUGUUGUAGUUAUCCAAGAUAACAUGUGACGGGAAAGAAAUAAUACAUGGCGUUUACUUGUCAA